AUACGAGUCCAUGAGGAAGCUGAGCUGGUUUGUAAUGAUAGGGCAGCAGUCGCUGCGGCAGCAGCCACAGGGACAGGACAAGGAGGUGGGAACCAGCGCACCAAGCACGCACAGGUGUUUCCGAGGCGUAAUUAGAGAGCUGUGGAGGCUAAAAUACACCUUUGAGUUUCUCCCUGUGAACACAGUAGCGCUGAGACACUCUGAAAGCAGCGAGGAAGAGAGACUAAUCAGUCACACCAAAGAGACACUCAAGUUGAAAGUUUUGAUGUUUUUUUCCUCCCUGUUUUAUUUUUCCCCCGUGUGACAGGACCAUGGUCAAAAAGCCUGCUGUGGCCACCAUCUCCAAAGGAGGUUACCUGCAGGGAAACGUCCAUGGGGGGCUGCCCUCCAUGGGGGGCAGGCAGCCACCAUCAGGGCAGGAGAGAGUGGUGCUGAAGAAGAAAAUCACUCUGCUGAGGGGAGUCUCCAUCAUCAUUGGCACCAUCAUUGGCGCGGGGAUCUUCAUUUCCCCGAAGGGUGUGCUCCAGAACACCGGCAGCGUGGGCAUGUCUCUGACUGUCUGGACCUUCUGUGGGAUCCUGUCCCUCUUCGGAGCCUUGUCCUAUGCUGAAUUGGGAACAAGCAUAAAGAAAUCUGGUGGUCAUUACACAUAUAUCCUGGAAGUCUUUGGCCCAUUAUUAGCCUUUGUACGAGUCUGGGUGGAACUGCUCAUAAUACGUCCUGCAGCUACUGCUGUGAUAUCCCUGGCCUUUGGACGUUACAUACUGGAACCAUUUUUUAUGCCGUGUGAAAUUCCUGAACUUGCAAUCAAGCUCAUCACAGCUGUGGGCAUAACUCUGGUGAUGGUCCUAAAUAGCAUGAGUGUCAGCUGGAGUGCACGGAUUCAGAUUUUCCUAACCUUUUGCAAGCUCAUAGCGAUUCUGAUAAUUAUAGUCCCUGGAGUUAUACAACUAAUUAAAGGGCAAACGCAGCAUUUUAAAGAUGGCUUUUCUGGAAAAGAUGCGAGUAUUAUGGGGUUGCCGCUGGCUUUUUAUUACGGAAUGUAUGCCUAUGCUGGUUGGUUUUACCUCAAUUUUGUUACUGAAGAAGUAGAAAACCCUGAAAAAACUGUCCCCCUUGCAAUAUGUAUAUCGAUGGCUAUUGUCACUGUUGGCUACGUGCUAACAAAUGUGGCCUACUUUACAACCAUUAGUGCUGAGGAACUGUUGCUUUCAAACGCAGUGGCAGUGACGUUUUCUGAGCGGCUACUGGGAAAUUUCUCAUUAGCAGUUCCGAUCUUUGUUGCCCUCUCCUGCUUUGGCUCCAUGAAUGGUGGUGUGUUUGCUGUCUCCAGGUUAUUCUAUGUUGCGUCUCGAGAGGGUCAUCUUCCAGAAAUCCUCUCCAUGAUUCAUGUCCGCAAGCACACUCCUCUACCAGCUGUUAUUGUUUUGCACCCUUUGACAAUGAUAAUGCUCUUCUCCGGAGAUCUCUACAGUCUUUUGAAUUUCCUCAGUUUUGUCAGGUGGUUUUUUAUUGGGCUGGCAGUUGCUGGGCUGAUUUAUCUUCGAUACAAACACCCAGAUAUGCAUCGUCCUUUCAAGGUGCCCCUCUUCAUUCCAGCGCUGUUUUCCUUCACAUGCUUCUUCAUGGUGGCCCUUUCCCUCUAUUCCGACCCGUUCAGUACUGGGAUUGGCUUUGUCAUCACUCUGACUGGUGUCCCUGCAUACUAUCUCUUUGUUAUAUGGGACAAGAAACCCAACUGGUUUAGAAGAAUGUCAGACACGAUAACCAGAACAUUACAGAUAAUACUGGAAGUUGUACCAGAAGAAGAUUGUCAUAAAUUAUAAGCAAUAGAUUGAGUUUUGGCAAUCUGUUCAAGCACAGAAAUACAACAUGGAUUGCCACUUCAUUUUCUGCAAAUCCGGAGAAUUGCAACUUUGGUGAUGGACUAAAGGAAUCACUUAUUUCUGUUCACAUCUCUAGUGUAGUCACACUAAUAUCUGAGAAAUUUAGUGAUAAUAUUAUGUCUUUGUAGAAAGCUGAUUGGCAAAUUGUACCAUAAAUUUACAUGGCUCUUGACUCUCUGAUACUUACUUGUUGAGUUUAGAGAAAAAACUAACAAGGUAGGCUGUUGAGUGGUCAUUCUGUACAGCAUAUCUUAUGACAAAUAACCUUCAGAUCAAUGGCUAAGGUGUUUUCUGUAUAUAUGGGUUUUGUAAACAUGUUUUGGAUACUGUAGAUGAUUAAACUGUGAAAAGGGUUUUCUAUUCUUCUGAAAAAAUAACGUGUCAUUAAUUAUGACAAAAAGGAAAGAAAUUUUACAUUGGUUUUGUUGGUAUUGCAUUGCUUCCCCUUGGGUAUCAUUGUUUAAUGCAUUAUACAAAGAGCAUUUGAACAAAAGGUAAAGUCUAUACAUAAUUCUCUUGAAUACAUAAAAGGAGAACUUCUAGGGGCUAUUAUUUACAAAGUAAAUCCAGAAAGUAUGUCAUUAAAAUCCUUGACGAUUUACAUUAGAGAUUUUUCUCACUCAUUAUUGGACAGUUCCACUGUUAAUAUGCCAUGCUGUUUUCAUGCCAGUUCGUUUUAUUAGGUAGUUCUGUCCAACUUGGUAUUAAAACUAAGAACCAACAUCUCUUUCACUAAUAACUUACCUCUUGGGAAAUAUGUCUAUAAAGGUACCCAUUUUAAAUUUUCAAAUUCCAAUAUUGAGAUGAGAGAAAUCACCAAUAAAGAAAAAACUCAAAAUAUCUAGCCCAUCCUUAGAUGUCUUUAUGCAAUGUGAAUAAUUCUGAAUAUUUAAAAAAGUUCCAUGGUUAUUUUCACAUGAUAAUGAAUUUCAACAGUUUGUGAAUUUCCUUCGUACAUUUUUAUUCUGUGAAAAUAUCUCUCCAGAUAAAACUGUCCAGAUCAAUUAGGAAAAGGCAUAUAUUUAUGCAGAAAUUGAGCAAGAAAUGUCACUGCUAAAUAAGAUUUGAAACUGAUAUUCCUAAAAAAAUUCUACUUCUAAAUCUAGGCUUUGUCAGUUAUUUCUUUUCUUUAAUUAUCAUUCAACUUGCAAAAGAGUUAACUGAUAACAAGUUUAUUGAAAAAAAGAGAAACUGAAUGAGUGUGUGUCAGACAGGUGUUAUUAUGCCAGAAUUUGGAAAUAUUGUAGAAUUUUCAAAUGAGAGUAAUAUGAUGGACAAUUUUAAUUAUUAUUUAUAUACCUCCAAGAUUAAAUGGUCAGUCAUGUCUAGAAUGUGUUUCAUCCCUUAAUUUUUGUCCAUUUUAAAAUAAGAUUUCGAAGAAUUACACUGAUUGAAACCAUUAAGAACAGACUUAGAGUUCAUCGACAAUUGGCCAAAGUAGAAAUGAUGAUUUAUAAUUUUGGAGUAUUUCCAAUUCAUUAAUAACAUUUAAUAUACAUGCAAGAUUGAUUUUUUUGGCCAAACUGACUGCUUACGUCUCUUAAGUAAAUUCAUUACAAUACUUAGUGUUUAUUCAUGACAUAACAUUUUCAAAUUUUGAUCUGUAGUACCUAUUUCUGACUUAUUUUGUCAAUUUGUCCACAUCUCUCCUUAUUAUCUCUUUCUAGAAGUAAAAGUCUUGUACACAUUUUUUUUUUUUUUUGCAGUACCAGGGAUCAAACUCAGGACCUUGCACUUGUGAGGCAGGUGCUGUGCUGCUGAGCUAAAUCCCUGGGCCCUUAUUUUUAUACUAUCUAGGCCUCUAAGAUCUAAACAAGCAGAUUCUUCUUGAAUUUUUUCUUGCCUGGUGAAAGAUACGGUAAUUCAUGGAGAGGUUUGUGCAGCUCUUAGUUAUCCCUAACAUUGAUGUGCUUACACUGAAAGCAGAUUGGUCUCAGCAUUUAUGUUAUUUGUUUUCAAAUUUAAUACAUCUUUAAGGUAUCACUGUACAGGCUAAGUAGAAUAUACACUCAUUACUCUUUCUCUUAUUUUUAAAAGUGAGUUUUGGCAUAUUAAAUUUCUAAUGGCACUGAAAUUUUAACCAGGAAGACAAACAGCAAGUAGAUGAUGAUGAUGAUGAUGAUGAUGAUGAUGAUGAUGAUGAUGAUGAUGAUGAUGAUGAUACUCAUGAGCAUGAUGAUUUGAUUUCUUGAGACAAGUUCUUGCUAUGUAGUUCAGGCUGGCCUUGAACUCACUAUGAAGCCCAGGAGAGCCUUGGACUCAAAGCAAUCCUCCUGCCUCAGCCUCUGAAUGCUAGGAUUAUAGGCGGGUGCUACCACUCCCAGAGCCAGUAGAUUUUUUUAAAGCGAUGAAGAUUUAACUUAUAUUUUAGUUUAUUUUAGGACACAUCAUGAGAAGACAAGGGUUUCUUUAAUCAGUUAAUUAAUAUUCAUAAUUCUUAUUCAAAAUGGCAGCAAAGCAGAUUCUAGUUCAGAAACUUUCUUGUACACUUGUACUUGUAUAUUUUCAUAUAAAGUAAAGUCUUCUACUUUUGGAUUGAUAUAUGUGCAUCUACUCACAUAUAUAUCCUAUUGCAAUUGUUAUAUUUGUACCAGUUUACAUAUGCAGAUGUUUAUAUAAACAUUAUGACUUUAUUAUAAUAUAAAAAGCACAAAUGGCCAUACAUUAUAAGAUAAUUAAUGCACUAUUUUCAAAAAUUCUUUUUCAGUACAUAAGUCACAAAUAUUUGAUUAUGAUUUUAAAAGAUCAAGUAAAGACUUCUAAAUCCAAAGCACAGUUUAUUCACAUAAAGAGUGAUUCUCCUUAAACAAUCAUAAAUACUCACAGUAAAUAUUUUUCUUACAGUGCAAUUUUGACUCUGGUGUUAAAGUAGUAGGUUUGUUUUCCUUUGGUUAAGUGAAGAAAAUUGAACUCUUAUAAAUGAUGAUUUGUUUAGCUGUAAGUAAACCUUAUUCUUAGCGUAAAGAUUUGUCCUAGAAAAGAUGGGGGCUCUUGUUCCAAACAUAAAAAUUAAGGAUGUGCAUUCACACACCUAUCCACUUAUAAUAACACUCCUCCUGCCCCGGUGGCACAAAAUCAGGACAAUUUAUUAGGUUACACUAGCAAUGAACGGCAGUUCCUCUAAAACUAAAAUAUGUAUGUUGAAACAGAUUUCCAGAUUGUCUGGUGGGUCUAGUGAAAUUGUUUCCUCCAUUGUUAUUUGAUAUAUCAACAGAUGGUUAACACAUGUAUGAUCACAUAACAGAAUUCUUUGUGAUCUGUGAUCAGCCUUCAAGAAACUCAUUAUUUUAUCUCAAUUUGCAGAUGACUGUAAUGCUAAAAAAGGGAGAACUUUGACCUUUGUUAAUACUGAUCUCUUCUAGUUCAGGUGUAAGUUAUGAAAGGAUAGAAAACUGAAGGUCAGAAUACUAGAAAAUGAAAGGUAGUAUGUGAUUAGAGUUGCAUUUUGAUGUUAUACAAUACAUUAUGCAAUGUAGUUGGAGAAGUAUUAAAAAUGAUUUGUCUGCUGUGUAUAAGCAGAUACCUUAAGAAGUAAUUAAACAUAAGUUUCAGUGCCUCUCACUUAGACAAGAUCCUUCCAAUAUCUUGUAUCUAACUUUACAUUAGGAAUUUUACAUUAAUUUUCCUGAAGAAGACCAGGAAAAUUAUAUAUAUUUCUGGCCACAUAAAAUCCGCAUCUGUCUUUAUAAGGUAAAAUAACUCCCCUAUGGGAUAUUUAAUAUAUAUGUUAAGUAUUAAAGCUAUCCUUUAACUGAUGUAUUUACAUCUACUUUUUAAUGGCUUUCUUGUGAGAUAUGUGACAUAUAAGAAAAUAGUUUCACCUUUGUCAGAUUUUAUGUGUUGGUUUUGAAGGAAAGAAACACAAUGAGUGGGAUUAAAAUGGUAGGUAUUUUUCUUAGUUUAGAAAAAAACAGAGAUUUGGGAUUUGAAUACAGAUGACUCAAGAAAUUUGAUUUUACUUGAAUAUAGUGUUGCUUCAUUUUCCUCUACAUGAUAUACAGUAUGUUGGUGCUGAUAGUGUUUACAGGGUUAUUUUUUGUUUUCCUAACUAUUUGAAAUCAGCAAUUAAGUCAUGCUAUUGUGGAACUGGCAAGAAGAUAGUAGUAGAUAUAAAUUAAAAUUGAUAAUGUGUCAUUUUCAUGGUUUUUGUUUAUAUUACUUAUAUGUAGAUAAAAGAAUUAUUACCUAUAUGCAUAUUUUAGCUUAAUUUCCCCAUAAACAGUAUUUGUAAAAUCUAUCUCAAUAUAUGAAAUAUCUAAAACUGUGACCUGUGUAUAGGCCAUAAUUUGUUAGUACUGUACUUAAACACAUAAUUUAACAGUAAAUUUUUGAAAGUAAACCUUUCCUCUUUUCAUUGCAUUUUCAAAUUAGUUUGGAUCUAAAACUAAGUAUUUUAUAUAUUUUUAGCAUAAAUACGGAUUCAAAAAACAUGAAUCAUGGUCUUACAGAAAGCACCAAAUUUCCUUAUGAUGUGAGCUGUCUUCCUUACAACCUCAUAUCAAUAUUAACUUGGUCCUUUUGAAGCAUUUUUGUUUUAUUUGAAUAAAUUAAUGACAUCCUUCAUUUCAUUUUUGACAUUAUACUCUUAAGAUAGGAAGUGAAUUUUAAUUUAUAUUUGCACAAUUAUCUAGAUUUUCUUAGUUUGAAUCUACCACAUAGGUUUACUUUCUUGGGAAGUUUUUUUCCCCUCUCAUCUAUGUUACCUUUGGGUUAAAAUGCACAGAGUAUUGUUUCAGACUCCAAAUAGCUGUCUUGUAUAUGUGCAUAUGUCAGCUUAUUUGGAUCAAAGUACAUUUAUUAUAUCAAUAACUGCCUAUGCAAUUUUAUAGAUAAAGAUUCUCUCAAGAAACUGUGGUGCAUUAGGCACCUGAGAGACAAUGCAGACAGCUGCAGUGAUUGAAACAGAACAUAUUUUUUUAACCCUCUCUCUCUCUCUCUCUCUCUCUCUCUCUCUCUCUAUAUAUAUAUAUAUACACUACUGACUUUUUUAAGGCAUGCUUUUCAAGUGAAUUACUUUAUUGGUUAGAAAACCUGCUUGCUAAGACCUUUUUACCUCUCGUCGAAGCCUCUAGAAGACCAUGAUGAAAGGCAGAGGGGAAGAGAAAAGAGAUUAAGGCAGUUAUUUCUUUUGUAGCAGUGAUGAUAUUUUGAGUACCUUUUCUGACAGGGUGUUUUGCACAGCAUCUUGUGGGGAAAUAUGUUAGGUCUUUGGAUGUUACAGCUGCAUAAUUGGAUAGCAAGUGGUCUGACUGUAAUGUGACUAUGAAGUUAGACCUCACAUAUUCCUACUAAUGAACCUUAUUAGAAGCAUGGUAGGAAAUACCCUCAUAUCACACUGGGAUACAAUGCAGUGUCGUUCCCUCAUCCUAGGUUUGAACUGUCUUAUUUCAAAGGAUUUCUAAAUUAAUUUGUGCUAGAAUUUCUCCUUCAUUGCAAAUUCUGCUUACUAAUAUAAUGUGAAAAUAUAUUAAAGUAGAAAAAUACUUCGGAGAAAUUAAACAUAUUGUUCGAAAUGAUUAUAUGGUUCUAAAAGAGAAAAAGUUCUUGAAUGGAAACAACAACAAUGUGCGGGUGCACACAUACACACACACACACACACACAGUUGUUACAAAACCCACCAGAAUUCAACAAUUCUAAGUAAUCUGAUCCUUUCCUUGAAAAAUUUAUUCGAUAGUUUUUCCUUGUGAAUCUUACUACUACUGCUACAAAUCUAGAACUAAAUUUUUAAAACUUAAUCUUGAAAACUGGGCCUUUUCUCCUCCUCCUCCUCCUCCUCUUUCUCUUCCUCCUUCCCCUCUUCCUUCUUUUCGCCUUUCUUCUUUUUUGUACUGGGGAUUAAACCCAAGGAGUGCUGAGCUCUUUUGUUAAUUUUUACUUUGGGGACAGAGUCUCAUAAGUUGCCCAAGCUGAGCUUGAACUUGUGAUCCUCCUGUGUCAGCAUCCUAAUGUCUGGGGUCACAUGCAUGCGCCACUGUUCCCUGGUAGGUUCUUUUUUGGACGUUAUCCAUGUUCACUAUUUAAGAGUUCCUAAACUAUUUACAAAGACUUUGCUAAAAUGUACCAAUAAACUUAAUGAGAAAAAAAAUAGUUCCUAGAAUCCAUAGCAAUAUUAGGAUAUACUUUGCUUUAAAAUGUUGCUUAUUUAGGGCACAAACAUCGGCCCCAAAUUUCUCCCUCUCUGGAGAUGGAAUGCAGUACAAUAGUAAUGUUUUCAGCAUAUAAUACUUAACAACAUUUGGGAACUUUGCAAAUAUAAGCAUCAGAUGUGUUUUUUCCCUGUGCCAAACAGGUGAACAAACAUGUGUUUUACAGAUGCUAAGUAUUGGCUGCCUGUGGUUUUAUAAUAAGCAUGUGCCAGAAGAGGCAAGACAAAUGGCCUCUUGUACUGAAUGCUUGGUGACCUUCAUCUGUCUUACUUUUCUGACAAGGAUUUAAAUCUAAAUUUCAUAGAGCUUGGCUCUCACUUAUCAUAGAGUGGAUUACCUGGUAGUAAUGCACUGGUAGAUGGUUUUUAGUUAUUAAUUCAGAGUUCAUCUCACGAUGAAUCUUUUAUGUAUUUUUAUUGUAAGUAUAUCCGGAUUUACUUUAUAAAAAAUGUGUCUUUGUUUUUAGCUUUUUCUAAAAUAUGACCCAGUAAUAAUGGCAUUUUUCAUUUGUCAAGGGAUAGAAAAAUUUGUUUUUGUGUUGGUAUGUUUAUAUUAACAUUAUUAGGUACUAUACAUAAAUAUAUUUAAAUACCUUUUAUGUUCUAUGGCAAUAAUUUGCAUUAAUGGAAUCAAUUUAACUAAAUGACAAAGUGAUAGGUUAUUCUUAAAGUUUAUUUAUGCUGGAAGUCUUCCCUUUGAUCUGUACUUACGCUAGCUAUAAUUAACAGAACAGCUAGAUCCUGAAGUUUGAUCUGGAAUGUGUUUGUGAUGACCUUGUGCCAUUCCCCAAAUGGUGAGAGCCUGAUGAGUUUGGUCUGGUGAUCUAAAAUACAGAACUAGGAAGAUCCAGCAAAGACAGAGUGGUCCUCAUCUCUGGCAUCAUUUCUUCGCUCUGGUAGUGUAGCUAUGAAACCUGAUAGAGAUGAUAGUGUGCACUUUGUAAAAAUUUAACCCAGUGUCUUAAAUUGUCUGAUAAACUCUUAAAGAGAAAAAUUGCUUUUCUGCAUCUAUGUUCCAACCACCUUAGGAAUACAGAGGUAUUAAACUAUGAGAAGAUAAAUGGUACAGGGGGACUUUCCUGUGUGGGUUGUGUUGUUUGUCUUAGGGUUCUUUGGCACUGGGGCCUGUACCAACAUGUGAUCUGUGAAAUGAAAUAGAUUCUUCUACAGUUAAAUGAUUUCCCUCUGGGGAGAGUUCUGGUGCAGCAGUCACACUGCCAGAUGGUGUUUAUGGGCUAUUUAUGAAAGUGGUAAGAGACUAUGAAACAAGUGUGCUUUCAUCUGAUGGGAACUCUACGCAUGUGGUUUUGUAUGGAAUGAAUGUUGGUGCAAUAGGAUUCCAUUCAAAAUUGCAUUGAAUUUAAUUUUAGUUUUGUGUAUAUGUAUACCUGUUAUGCUUCUAGUGGCUUCAGUUUUAUAUUGGUUUUUGUACAUACUUUUUCUUGAAAUGUUUUAAAAAGACAUUUAAAUAAACAUUUGAUAGCUUAAA